AGUUAACGAGGCCGGUGACUACCGCAGCUUGCUAAAAGAGAGGCAGCUGACCCUUGUUUACCUGGAAGUUGCUUGGUCAGCUGGCACAGUCGUCAAGGAAGAAAGAAGCAAGGAAGCAUCGCUCCAGAAAUGAGAAGCUAGCACGGCGCAGCCCAAAAUCAACAGCGACUGAGGGAUCUUGUUACGAGAGACGGACGCAGACAAGAACAGGAUCCACUGUAGUGUUGCUCUCUCGGUUGUUCAGUGCACUGUUUCCCUUCUCUGCGCCAUCAGGAUGAAGCUGAAGGAGGACGUGCCUCCGAUCCUCCUGCAAGUCUUUCGCUCCGUGGUCUGGGUCUACUCCGUUAUCACCUUUAUACCCUGGUACUUCCUGUCUGGUGCUGGUGCUGACCAGGCCCGUGCCAAGCGCAUCAAAGCACGCUCAGUCAGCGGGCAACCAGCAGGGCCGUACAGGGCCAUAAACAGCCAGAAGCAGCUCGUCUCUCAGCUUCAUGAGGGGGCAGACAGUCUGGACAAGGUGUUCGAGCAUGCAGUCAGACACUUCCCUCAGAGAGACUGCCUUGGUACCCGAGAGGUGCUCAGCGAGGAGGAUGAAAUACAACCCAAUGGCAAGGUCUUUCAAAAGGUGAUAUUGGGAGAUUAUAACUGGCUAUCGUAUGAGGAAACGUUUCAAAUAGCUCAGAGGUUCGGGAGUGGCCUGGCUUCUCUCGGUCAGAAACCUUUGUGUAACAUUGCUAUCUUCUGCGAGACUCGGGCCGAGUGGAUGAUAGCAGCGCAGACUUGUUUCAUGUACAACUUCCCAUUGGUGACUCUUUAUGCCACUCUGGGAGGACCAGCAAUAGCCCAUGGUCUCAAUGAAACAGAGGUCACACACAUCAUCACCAGUAAGGACCUCCUGCAGGGCCGUCUCAAGGAAAUUUUGCUGGAUGUGCCCAGGUUGCAGCACAUCAUCAUUGUGGACAGUAAAUCCCCCAGCUGGUCUGGGCUGCCCAGAGGCAUUCAGGUUCACAGCAUGGCGUCUGUGCAGGAGCGAGGGGCUAAACCUGAAAACAUGAUGGUGCAGCGGAGACAGCCUGUUCCCUCCGACAUUGCAGUGAUCAUGUACACUAGCGGCUCCACAGGCAUCCCAAAAGGAGUCAUGAUCUCCCACAGCAACAUCAUCGCCGGGGUAACCGGCAUGGCUGAGCGCAUCCCCAACCUAGAUGAGAAUGAUACAUAUAUUGGCUAUCUCCCGCUGGCACACGUGCUGGAGCUCAGUGCUGAACUGGUUUGUGUUUCUCAUGGCUGCCGUAUCGGAUACUCCUCACCACAGACCCUCGCAGAUCAGUCAACCAAAAUUAAAAGGGGCAGUAAAGGAGACACCAGUAUGCUGCGGCCAACGCUAAUGGCAGCCGUUCCGGAGAUCAUGGAUCGUAUCUACAAGAACGUGAUGAUCAAAGUGGAUGAGAUGAGCAGCGUGCAGAGGACUCUGUUUGUGCUGGCCUACAACUACAAGAUGGAGCAGAUUUCUAAAGGCUAUGGCACCCCUUUGUGUGAUCGUUUUGUGUUCAGGAAAUUACGUUCAUUGCUCGGAGGGAAUACCCGGGUGUUGCUGUCAGGAGGAGCUCCUCUGUCUGCAGCUACUCAGCGCUUUAUGAACAUCUGUUUCUGCUGCCCGGUGGGACAGGGCUACGGCCUUACGGAAACCUGUGGAGCCGGCACCAUCAGCGAGUUUUUCGACUACAGUACGGGCCGUGUUGGAGCUCCUCUGGUGUGUUCUGAGAUAAUGCUUAAGGACUGGGAGGAAGGUGGGUACUACAGUACAGACAAGUCUAAUCCCAGAGGAGAGAUUUUGAUUGGCGGGCCAAACGUUACCAUGGGUUACUAUAAAAACCAGUCGAAAAACAAGGACGACUUCUUUGAGGACAAAAACGGACAGCGCUGGUUCUGCACGGGCGACAUUGGCGAGUUUCACCCAGACGGCUCCCUUAAGAUUAUUGAUCGUAAAAAGGACCUGGUGAAGCUGCAGGCAGGGGAGUAUGUCUCUUUGGGGAAGGUGGAAGCUGUACUAAAAAACUGUCCCUUCAUCGACAAUAUAUGUGCAUACGCCAACAGUGAUGAGACGUACGUGAUUAGCUUUGUGGUGCCGAAUCAGAAGCAGCUGCUGGCCUUGGCGGAACAGAAGCAGGUGCGAGGGCCCUGGGAGGAGAUCUGUAACCACCCUGAAAUGGAGAAAGAGGUGCUGCGCAUAAUCACUGAAGCUGCCGUGUCUGCUAAGCUGGAGCGUUUUGAAAUUCCUAAGAAGAUUCGACUGAGCGCAGAACCCUGGACUCCAGAGACGGGUCUGGUCACGGACGCCUUCAAGCUGAAACGCAAGGAGCUCAAGAUCCACUACCAGGCCGAUAUUGAGAGGAUGUAUGGUGGCAAGUGAGCGAUACGUGGGUCGACGGUAGCAGCGUUUAGAACAGUUGUGAAAAAUAGGAUUUAGGACUGUAACACAACCACGUCGUCUACAGUAUUUGCCCCGCCUGCACUCUUUAAUCAUCCGAAUGAGCCAGCUGAUCAUAUAUAGAAAUACUUGAAUUUUGACCAACCGAAAAAAUAGGGAUGGUGAACAGACCACCAGCUAAGGAUCGACCAGCAGACCAGCAGUUUAGAGAACACAGAUUUGUAUUAGAGAGGGUGUAGAUACCAGGAUGUUGGGAAGAAACAUACUUUUUUACUAUGGAUGUCAGAUUGGAUGCAAGCGGAAUUAUUACCAAGUGUAACGUUUAAGAUUAAAUUUUACAAGAGGUCAUAAACGCUACAUAUGCUUGCAGUCCAUAACUUGAACUGUUUGUGAUUUUUUUCUUUUACAUAGGAGUUGGUUCUGUAAAUUCAAAUUCUAAAGUUUUUACAAUUGUGAGAGUAUGUUUUGUCUGGAAGCAGGGAUGCGGUGUCUGUGCAGGGAUAAUUGUUUAAAGUUUGGUUUAAAUUUUGCUUUUAUUUUGAUGUUGUUUACGUUGUGUCUGUUAAGCCUUGGAAAAAUUUCAAUGUGAAGGCCUGUUAUUAUUAUAUAUACACUGAUCAGCCAUAACUUACCA